UCCUUUACUUUCAAUUUUCUCAAUAAAACUCUGUUCAAAGCAGCCAACAACUGAGAAAUAAAUAAUCUCAGCAAGAAGAAAAUUAUUCCAAUUUCUUUGAUCAAACACUCUUAAGCAUACAUUCUUCAUUUCGGUUUUACAAGUUUCCUUUUGCUGAUCAUGAUACUCAAAGAACCCAUCCUUUUGUUCUUAGCAAUCUUUAUAUCUUCGUUAAUCGUGGUUCAAUCAACCAAGUGUGACCGAUCAUGUGGUGACAAGCUUGUUCCUUAUCCAUUUGGAUUCUCUAGCGGCUGCCGGAUCCCUCUAAGCUGCAGCUCAAAUAAUCAUCAGCAGCUUAAUCUUGCAGGUUUCCCGAUCCUAAACAUAAGCAACGAUCGCAUAAAAAUCAGCAUUGAAGCCACUUGCAAUCGUUCACUCCGAGCACUUCUCCGUCUCUACGGCCCCAACUACGCCCCGACGUCUCGAAACGCAAUUCUACUGCAAAACUGCAGCGUGCCAGCGCCAUGCAUGAUACCCUCGACGAUGGUUUACACUCAUUUCGAGGCCCUUGCUUGCUCUCCUAAUGGUGCCAGUAAUAUAAGUUGCUACUCGGAGAAUAAAUCUAAUGGUUUCGUUGAUUACAGCAAGGUGAUCAAAACUCACUGUAAGUCCUUUUUAUCGUCCAUAUCAACAGAAUAUUUCAACGAAUCAGGAGUCCUGGAGGUUCAGGUGGUUGAGCUAAGGUGGUGGAUUGAAGGACGGUGCUCUGAGUUUUGUUCUGAAAAUGCAAUUUGUGAUGAAGUUAUUUCGCCGUUUAAUCGACUGCCAGGAUUCUAUUGUAGAUGCCGAAACGGGUUCAUUGGCGAUGGCUUCCGUGCUGGCGAUGGAUGCCGGAAAGCAUCUUCAGAUUGCAACCCCGCGAGAUACAUUUCUGGCAAAUGCAGAGGAACGACUCGAGUCUUUAUUUUCGUUGGAGGCAUUGCAGCUGGAACUUGUUUAAUGAUCUGUGCAGUUCUAAUUUGCUGCUUCGUGCGGAGGCAAUUGAACUCGAAAACGAUACAGAGCACGAAAAGUCUCCUAUCUGAAGCUUUAAACAUCAAGAUUCCCAUCUACGCAUACAAAGAAAUAGAGAAAGCUACACAUGGUUUCUCAGAGAAACAAAGGCUUGGAACUGGGGCGUUUGGAACAGUCUAUGCAGGCAAACUUCAUAACAAUUCAUGGGUUGCUAUUAAAAGGAUCAAGCAUAGAGACACUGAUUGCAUUGAGCAAGUGGUGAAUGAGAUCAAGCUAAUUUCAUCCGUCAGCCACCCGAACCUGGUGCGCCUGUUGGGUUGCUCCAUGGAAAAUGGUGAACAAAUACUUGUGUAUGAGUUCAUGCCCAAUGGAACAUUAUGCCAGCAUUUACAACGAGAGAGAGGCGAUGGACUUGCGUGGCCAGUUCGACUUACCAUUGCUGCUGAAACCGCACAAGCCAUCGCUCAUCUCCACUCUGCUAUAAAUCCUCCUAUAUAUCAUAGAGACAUCAAGUCCAGCAACAUUCUCUUAGAUUACAAUUUCAGGUCCAAAGUAGCAGAUUUCGGUCUUUCUAGACUCGGAAAAACCGAAAUAUCCCACAUCUCAACAGCUCCACAAGGAACACCGGGAUACCUUGACCCUCAAUACCAUCAAAACUUCCAUCUUUCAGACAAAAGUGACGUUUAUAGCUUUGGGGUAGUCCUCAUGGAGAUGAUAACAGCACUAAAAGUGGUGGACUUCACUAGGCUCCCAAACGAAGCAAAUUUGGCAGCUGUUGCUACUGAUAGAAUCAGCAAGGGAAGUUUAGAUGAGAUCAUAGACCCAAUUUUAGACCCUAAAAGUGAUUCUUGGACGUUAUGUUCAAUCCAUAAGGUGGCAGAGCUGGCUUUUAGGUGCUUAUCAUUUCAUAGAGACAUGAGACCUACAAUGAUGGAAGUGGCCAUUGAAUUGGAACAAAUAAGGCUAAGUAGAUGGGUACCUGGAGAAGAACUUACACAUGAAGCUUCAGCAGAGGUGUCUCCUUGCUUCUCGUCGUCAAACCUAAGAGAGCAACCACUAAGCAAGGCAGUUAGUAAGAAGGGUGGAGUUGAAAACAGAGGCUUGUUUAUGCUUCAGAUGAGCAAUGUUGGUUUCAUGAACUUGAUGGAAAAAACGAAGGAUAAUUCACCAGUAUCAGUCCAAGAUCCUUGGUUGAGCGAACAAAGCUCACCUUCUUCAAGCAGUUUGCUGAAUAAUGUAACUCAUUAACUAGAAACUCCAAUCUUUCCUCUGAUUUCAA